UUCAUUGUACAGGUGAAUUGAUAUUGUUCUAAGAGCUUUUCUGUGAAAAAUAAAUUAAAAAUCAACAGAAGGAGAGGUGGUUCUUGGUACAGGUGAAUUGAUACUGUUCUAAGAGCUUUUCUGAGACUGCCCAGGCUGUUGGGGAAGGUAGGUGAGGCAUGCAGAUCACACUGGGCAGGCUAUAUUUACUCUGGCAGUGCCUCUGCCACCAGGCCAUACAUAGCCACUCUCAUCCAGGGCAAGCAGCCUCAACAAAUCCAUGCUCUGUGAAAGUGCUAAAGGAUCUUAAUUCAACCUGUAAUUGCAAAAAUGCAGUAGAAUGAUCUGUCUGUAUCUGGAGUCUUCAUAGCCAUGCCAUGGGUAUCUUUUCUGUACUUGCUCUGCCAUUGCUUCUCUUAGGGAUCAGUGGAAUUAUUUAUAUUUACCAGUCAGUCAGGUGGCUGCUGUCCAAGUCAGCGGUGCAGAACAAGGUAGUGGUGAUCACGGAUGCCAUCUCUGGACUAGGCAAGGAAUGUUCUCGUGUGUUUCACGCAGGAGGAGCAAGGCUUGUGUUGUGUGGCAGGACGUGGGAAAAGUUAGAAGCCUUGUAUGAUGCCUUAAUUAGUGUGACAGACCCCAGCAUGACAUAUGCACCAAAGCUGAUUCUCCUGGAUAUCACAGACAUAAGCUGCAUUCGAGAUGUUGCUAAGGAAAUCCUGAACUGCUAUGGCUGUGUGGAUAUACUCAUCAACAAUGCAAGUAUGAAGGUGAAAGGAGCAGUGCAGAGCAUUUCACUGGAACUUGAUAAAAAGAUAAUGGAUGCCAACUAUUUUGGGCCUAUAACAUUAACCAAAGCCAUUCUUCCUAACAUGAUCUCAAGGAGAACUGGCCAAAUUGUUCUAAUUAAUAGCAUCCAAGGGAAAAUAGGAAUUCCAUUCCGUGCAGCUUACGCUGCUUCCAAGCAUGCUGCUGUAGGAUUUUUUGAUUGCCUUAGAGCUGAAAUGGAAGAAUUUGAUAUUUCUGUCAGCACUGUGAGUCCAACCUUCAUCUGUUCCUACCAUCGCCAGCCAGCACCAGGCAACUGGGAGGCAUCUAUCUGGAAAUUCUUUUUCAGGAAGGUGUCCUACGGUGUGCACCCUGUGGAGGUGGCAGAGGAGGUCCUUGCCACGGUGAGCAGGAAGAAGCAGGAGGUGCUUAUGGCCAAUCCCAUCCCCAGAGCAGCAGUUUACAUCAGAACAUUCUUCCCCGAGCUGUUUUUUGCCAUUGUUGCCUCAGGGAUUAGGGAAAAGCUGAAGACAGAAGAAGAAAAUUGA